AUGCCGUUUUCGAUCGAAUCGGUGGACCGGGCCGUCGCCUCGAUAUCAAACUUCAAGGUGCCGCGGACCGAGGAAGACCCGGAAAUCAGCGUGCGUCAAGAAGACCUAAAGCGGUGCCUCAUCAAUUUUAAGGUUUCGCAGGCCGAGGAGGAGCGUCGGCUGGAAACCACAUCGAAACGCCUAGAAAACGAAAUCGCCGCCUCCAAAGAAUUCGUAGACCAGCUCGACCAAAGGAUUGCAUUGAAGGAAGAAGAUCUGGAACACAUCAAUCGGCUUCUGCGCGAUGCAGAGCAGGCGGGGGCCCAACAAGACUCGGCACUUCUGAAGAAGACGUAUGACGAAAUUGGGACCGAGUUUGGUGACGACACGGAAAACGAAAAC